GCCACUCCUCACCACACAACUUUCAUGUAGACUUGUGGUUGAAGUCCUCUCUCUCUCUACACUACACCUCUCUCUCUCUCUCUAGACAAAUCGCCAUGGCUGACCAACAGAACUCCACUGCAACACCCUCCAAUUUUGAUCCCUACAAGUUCCUCAAAAUCGUCCCGAACCCAGAUGGCUCUCUCACUAGAGUCGCCCCAAUUCCCACUUCACCCGCAACACCAGAAAUCACCUCCCCCAAUGACUCUCUCUCUAAAGACCUACCCAUCAACACCACCACCGGCACCUUCCUCCGCCUCUUCCGGCCCCACCACCACCCUCCGAACACUAAGCUCCCACUCAUUUUUUACUUCCACGGAGGUGGGUUCAUACUCUUCUCCGCAACUUCUCAACCUUUUCACGAAUCAUGCGGUCGCAUGGCGAAUCUCCUCCCAGCUUUAAUCCUGUCCGUUGAAUACCGUCUCGCUCCCGAACACCGUCUUCCGGCGGCGUAUGACGACGCCAUGGACGCCAUCAUGUGGGUCAGAUCACAGGCGUUGGGAAUCAACGGCUGUGAUGAUUGGUUGAGCGAGUUAGCUGAUUUCUCCCAGUGUUUUCUGAUGGGGAGUAGUUCGGGGGGAAAUAUAGCGUACAAUGCAGGUCUGCGCGGGUUGGAUGCGGAUCUCUCGCCGGUGAAGAUCGCGGGGCUGAUAUUCAAUCAGCCCUACUUUGGUGGGGUCCAGAGGACGGAAUCGGAGAUCAGAUUGGUAAACGAUAAGAUCGUGCCACUGGCAGCGAAUGAGCUGAUGUGGUCACUUGCAUUGCCGAAGGAUGCGGAUCGGGAUCACGAGUAUUGUAAUCCGAUGGUUGGUGGGUCCCAGAGUGAGAAGAUCGGACGGUUACCGAGGUGUUUGGUUAGGGGAUAUGGUGGGGACCCACUGGUUGACAGGCAGAGGGAGUUUGCCAAGAUGCUGGAGGCACGUGGGGUGCACGUGGUUACCAAGUUUGUUGAUUCAGGCUUCCAUGCUGUGGAGCUCUUUGAUCCAAACAAAGCUCAAGCUUUAUAUGACGAAGUCCAGAAUUUUGUUCACUCUGCAUGUGAGAGUUAUGUUGUUGCUCCAAAGUCAACAAUGUAACUUUUGCAAACUGCAGUGGACAUGUGGUUUAGUCAAAUAAUGGUUUUAUAUGAAUGGACGGCUACAAUCAAAAUGAAUGUUAAUGCAACAUCCCAUUUAAUAUACAUAUACACACACAUAUAUAUAUAUAUAUAUAUAUAAGUAUUUUUAUGUAUUAAUUUGAUGUACCUUUAUUUGUGUUGGCAACAUAAUUAUGGAAUACAAGUAUAUUUUAUGUCC